AUGAACAAUUCAUCCGGUAACCAGAGAUUUGGUCUACCCGAGCGAGCCUCGGGCUCUUCCCAAGGCUCCGAACCCUUCCAGUCUGUUCAACAUACAAAUAGCUGGGAAGAUUCGUCGCCCGUCAUCGACCAAUUUGUUGCAGGAUAUUUUAAGGAACGCGAACACUGGAAGGCUUGCGCUGACAGAGCAAGAGAACUGAUUGAGGAGAAACUGGUGAACACCAAAGACGUGAAUAAGGAGGUAGUGUUCGCGAAGGUGACUUCACGAGCGAAAGAAGUCAGAAGCGUGCUGGAUAAGCUCAAAUUGCGCAACUGGCAGCGACAAGAAGAAGAUGGCAAGAGGCCUUAUCUGAGUGUAGAAGAGAUAUACGACGAUCUAGUGGAUCUGGCUGGUGUGAGAGUGGUACUUUACACCCCGAAUCAGGCUCAGCGAAAGAAGGUGAGGGAAAUUCUCUCAGAGAUUUGGGGCUCCAGCAUCGAUGAGAAACAGCAUGAUGAUUCCCGACCUGUGAAGAAGAAGGAUGGAGGCCGCAACACCUACGUUCAACGGCACCUUGGUUAUCAAGCAGAUCACUAUCGGACUCACAUGCCAGAGAAAUACACCACACGGGACGGAUACCAGCAUAGUAAGGGCGACCGCGUCGAGAUUCAAGUUGUUUCAGCUCUUGGACAUGCGUGGGCUGAAGCCGGCCAUGAUGUCCUGUACAAAACACACGCAUAUGGUCGUCCCUCUGUCAUGGAGCAGCGAAUUCUCGAUGCUCUCAACGGCUUGAUCGUGUCAGGCGACCUUCUCCUCGAACAGUUUCGCGAGUCGGUGACGAAGAGAACCGUUGAACCGUGGAAAUAUUUCGACCAGUUCGAGAACUUUUUGCGGGACUCUGACCUUCUCGAGCGAAACGACACCGACAACAAUACGUUCAGUACAUGGAAACACUUUUCCACCGAUGCGGCUAGGAUCCUGUUCUGCUUUUUGAGAAAAGUCGAUAAGAACUAUGGCUUGGCCGUGCGUGACGAGCUCAAGGAUCUUCAAUAUCCACUAGCUCCUGAGCCGACACUCCAAGCGAGACGGCGAAAGUUUAGGCCCACCAUCCCCAUCCAGCCCCAUCUCUUGACGACGUUCUGCAUUAUCGACCACCUCCUUCCUCAACGCCAGCGGGCUGAGUAUGAUAAUGCACGGCAGUGUCGCAUCAUGAUGGAUGCAUUCAUACUACUCCAGACCUUUGCGGGCGGCCCGGAAGCAGCAAGGGCACAUCUCAACGAUGCGAAGGUCGGGAGAACAGACGAUGAAACGAUUGGGCUGAACGUGGUACUGACAGAUUACCAACGCGACCGUUGUCUUGCUGGCGAAGAUGUAUCGUUUCUUGAACUGAAGCUGCAAUCAGCCUGGGCAUGGUUCGAGAAGCAGGCGGCCAAUCCGAGGUCAAUAUGCGGUCUGUUCUUCCGACUGGCUGAAAUGGAUGUUCCAGCUCAAGAUUUAGACGACGCCGGAAGGGUGAACCUAUUGAAGAUUGGUGAUUUACUUCGUGUGCGUUAG